AUGUCGCCGCCACCGCCUGUUGCCGCUGCCGCUGCCGCCUGCUGCUGCUGCCGCCUGCAGUGUUUGUCGGCUGGGUACCCUCCGGAUGAGGCUGCCAGCAGAGAGCGGCUGCUGUACAGGCUCGAGAAUGCGGCAGAUCAAUUCCUGGUGGCAGUGAAGGACGACCAAAUUGUUGGAUUCAUAUGCGGCACCCUGACGAAGGCCGACCGAUUGACGGAAGACAGCAUGGGCCAGCACGAGCCGGAUGGAGGGUUGCUGGCCAUCCACAGCGUCGCGGUGGAUGCGGCACACAGGCGGCAGCGAGUGGCGACGCGCCUACUGCAGGCGUACAAGGCUUAUGUUUGCUCGUCCACACCCUGCCUGACUACUUUGCGGCUGAUAUGCAAGGAGCCAUUACUGAGCUUAUACAAGAACUGCGGAUUUCAGAUGGUAGGGCCUUCGGCUGUGGUGCACGGCAAGGACCCUUGGUUCGAGAUGAGAUGGGAGGAGCGACGUUUCACCGGCGGGGAGACCAUGCUGCUGCAGCCCGACACGCUGGACUACUGGCGCAAUUUUGACCCGCAUCUGGGAACAGAAACACCGCAGCUGGUCGAGGGCACGCGGGACCCACUGGAGGCACGGGUUGUGCUGCAUGGCUGGUUCACUCAGCCAGAUCCAUUCUUUGCCGGUUCGCUGAGGGAGGAGGAGGCAACCCCAGCGCUGAAUGCGUGCCUGGAUGUCCUGUUCGAGGCGCUCAGCACACUCCCGCCCUCAGUUGGCACUGUGACGCUGCAGCUGACGGUGGAGGGCAGUGGCAGGGUGGCAGACAUUUGCUGGAAGGCCAACACGCUUGUGGCGCGGCCUCAGAGCGGGGAGGCGCCGACUGUGGUGACCGAAGCCACGCUGGCUUGCAUAGCCGAGCACCUGCUUCGUGCCCAGUUCCCACCUAGCCAUGACGGGGGCUGCACAGCAAUCACUCUGCCCUUUGUAUUCCAAUGA